AUGACGCCGCCGCCGCCGCCCGCACCAUCGCUGCCGGACGAGGUUCUCGAGGAGAUCUUCCUCCGCCUCCCGCCGGACGAGCCUGCGUGCCUCGUGUGCUCCUCCCUCGCUAGCAAGCUUUGGCUCGGCCUCCUCUCCAGCCCUGCUUUCCUCGGUCGCUACCGCGAGUUCCAUGGAGCUCCUCCCAUGCUGGGCUUCCUUCAUAACUGGCUGGAGGGUUGCGGCCCGGUGGAGAAAUAUCCCAUCCCCCACUUCACCACCACCACGAAAUUCGCUGCGCGCAUUCCUCAUGUCGACGACUGGGUGCACCUGAACUACGUUGCGUGGGACUGCCGCCAUGGCCGUGUUCUCCUUGGGGAUGACAAUCCGGUACCCAUGGCGCUCGUCGUUUGGGACCCCAUGACGGGCUGCCGGAGGGAGAUGAACUUGCCGGACGUGGUGUACAACAAUUACGGGGCUGCGGUGCUCUGCGCUGCGACCAGCUGUGACCACCGUGCGUGUCACGCAGCCCCCUUCCAGUUGGUCUUUGUCGGCCUGAACUUGACUGAAGAAGGUGAAUGUGUUGCCCACGCGUGGCUGUCCUUGCCGGAGACGGGUGACUGGAGCAAGCCGUGCCCUGGAUUUGAUCAGUGGGGCGAGUCGUGCCUUGGUCUUCAUCUGGCAGCCGAUGCAUUCAUCGAGCCAAUGCCCCCUGUCCUUGUUAAAGAAGCACUUCACUUCAUGCUUCAGUAUGAUGAUGAUGAUAGUGUAGCAAUUCUCAAGUAUGACUUGAGCUCUAAUUCCUUAUCGCUCAUUGAUGCGCCAAUUAUGGGGUCUGAUGUUGCUGGUGCCACCAUACUCAUGGCGAUGUCAGAUGGCAGUUUAGGGUAUGCACUUGUGGAUGGGUUAAUGCUCUACCUAUGGUCAAGACAGAUGGAUUCCGGCAGAGUUGCGCCAUGGAGUCCAUGUACAAAUAUCAAUCUUGGGAAGCUUCUCCCCAUCCAAAAUCACAAGAAAAGACUUAGACUGGUUGGAUCCGUGGAAGCCAGUGAUAUCGUUUUCGUGACCACAGACCUGGGCAUCUACGAAAUUAAUGUCAAGUCGCGGCAGUGGAAGAGGCUAUGGAAGAACGAGAAAUUUUGUGCUUUGAUUCCGUUCAUGAGUUUUUACAAUCCACAUGAAAUGGUGAUUCUCAGUCAAACGGCACACUCACAAGGUAUGGUUAAAUAA